AGAAUGACUUCGGCUCCUUUCUAUUCCUACAUCAAUUGUCCAAAAGAUGAUUCCAAGAUCGACUGUAUCAGUCCUGCGCCAGGCACGGACGCAAUUGAGACCUAGAGGUCCAACUCCUGUCGCAUCUCUUUCUGCCCUUGCUCGAUUACUUUCUUCACUGGCUGUUUUGGAGCAGAGGGAUGGCAAGCUCAAUCAUGGAUCACUCGGAGCAGUCACGGCAGCACAAAAGCUGGGAGGUUCAGUCACUGGAUUUGUGGCAGGGGCAAAUAUCAAAGCAGUAGCAGAGGAGGCAGCCAAAGUAUCUGGGAUUGAGACGAUUAUUGCAGUAGACAAUGCUGCUUAUGACAAGGGCUUGCCAGAAAACUUUGCACCUUUAUUAGUGGAGAAUAUCAAGAAGGGAGGGUUUACACAUGUGAUUGCCGGACAUACAGCAUUUGGAAAGAGUCUCAUGCCCCGUGUGGCGGCACUUCUCGACGUUCAACAAAUCUCCGACAUUACUGCAAUCGAAAGCGAAAACACAUUCGUUCGUCCCAUUUAUGCUGGAAAUGCUAUUGCUACAGUCGAAUCAUCCGACGAGAUUAAGAUUAUCACAAUUAGAGGAACAGCUUUUGCGGCAGCUGAGGCGGAAGGAGGUUCUGCUUCGGUAGAAGAUGGUGUAGACCCUAAAGCAGAGACUACUACCGUGUGGGUUGGAGAAGAUCUCGCAAAGUCAGACAGACCAGACCUCGCAACAGCAAGUAGAGUUGUUUCUGGAGGCCGAGGUCUGAAGUCAAAGGAGGAGUUCGACAGAAUCAUGCUACCAUUAGCCGAUGCACUAGGAGCAGCUGUAGGAGCUUCAAGAGCCGCCGUGGACAGUGGAUAUGCGGAUAACAGCCUACAAGUUGGUCAAACUGGAAAAGUUGUAGCACCACAAUUAUACCUUUGUGCUGGUAUCUCGGGAGCUAUCCAACAUCUGGCAGGAAUGAAGGAUAGCAAGGUCAUUGCAGCAAUCAACAAGGAUGCUGAUGCACCAAUAUUCCAGGUUGCGGAUGUUGGACUGGUUGGAGAUUUGUUUGAUAAAGUACCAGAGCUUACUGAAAAGCUCAAGCAGUAAUGUACAGUAUGAUAACAUGGAUCACCCUGUGCUUAGUCGAGGACAGCAAGCAUGUCUUCCACUUUGG